AUGUUAUUCAUUAUCCUUUCAUUGUCUUUCUUUUGCCUCCUCCCCUUUAUAAGUUCUUUCAUUGACUUUCUUUUGCCUCCUCCCUUUUCUAAUUCUUUUAUUGACUUUCUUUUGCCUCCUCCCCUUUCUAAGUUCUUUCAUUCUUUCUUUUGCCUCCUCCCCUUUCUAAGUUCUUUCAUUGUCUUUCUUUUGCCUCCUCCCUUUUCUAAGUUCUUUCAUUUUCUUUCAUUGACUUUCUUUUGCCUCCUCCCCUUUCUAAGUUCUUUCAUUGUCUUUCUUUUGCCUCCUCCCCUUUCUAAGUUCUUUCAUUUUCUUUCAUUGUCUUUCUUUUUGCCUCCUCCCUUUCUAAGUUCUUUCAUUGUUUUUCUUUUGCCUCCUCCCCUUUCUAAGUUCUUUCAUUUUCUUUCAUUGUCUUUCUUUUGCCUCCUCCCUUUUCUAAGUUCUUUCAUUGACUUUCUUUUGCCUCCUCCCUUUCUAAGUUCUUUCAUUGUCUUUCUUUUGCCUCCUCCUUUUCUAAUUCUUUUCAUUGUCUUUCUCUUUUGCCUCCUCCCUUUUCUAAUUCUUUUCAUUGACUUUUCUUCUUUCUUUUGUUCUUUUCAUUGUCUUUCUUUUGCCUCCCUUCUUUCAUUGUCUUUCUUUUGCCUCCUCCCGUUUCUAAUUCUUUCAUUGUCUUUCUUUUGCCUCCUCCCUUUUCUAAGUUCUUUCAUUGACUUUCUUUUGCCUUUGUUCUUUCAUUGUCUUUCUUUUGCCCCCUUUUCUAAGUUCUUUCAUUGUCUUUCUUUUUGCCUCCUCCCUUUUCUAAGUUCUUUCAUUGUCUUUCUUUUGCCUCCUCCCUUUCUAAUUCUUUCAUUGUUUUCUUUUGCCUCCCCUUUUCUAAGUUCUUUCAUUGUUUUUUCUUUUUGCCUCCUCCCCUUUUCUAAGUUCUUUCAUUGUCUUUCUUUUGCCUCCUCCCUUUCUAAGUUUUUCAUUGUCUUUCUUUUGCCUCCUCCCUUUUCUAAGUUCUUUCAUUGUUUUCUUUUUGCCUCCUCCCUUUCUAAUUCUUUUAUUGUUUUUCUUUUGCCUCCUCCCCUUUCUAAGUUCUUUCAUUGUCUUUCUUUUUGCCUCCUCCCCUUUCUAAUUCUUUCAUUGACUUUCUUUUGCCUCCUCCCCCCUUUCUUAAUUCUUUUCAUUGUCUUUCUUUUGCCUCCUCCCUUUCUAAUUCUUUCAUUGUCUUUUUUUUUGCCUCCUCCCCUUUCUAAGUUCUUUCAUUGUCUUUCUUUUUGCCUCCUCCCUUUUCUAAGUUCUUUCAUUGUCUUUCUUUUGCCUCCUCCGUUUCUAAGUUCUUUCAUUGUCUUUCUUUUGCCUCCUCCCUUUCUUUGUUUUUUAAUUGUUCUUUCAUUUCUUUUCUUUUGCCUCCUCCCUUUUCUAAGUUCUUUCAUUGUCUUUCUUUUUUGCCUCCUCCUUUUUCUAAUUCUUUCAUUGUCUUUCUUUUGCCUCCUCCCUUUUCUAAGUUCUUUUCAUUGUCUUUCUUUUGCCUCCUCCCUUUCUAAGUUCUUUCAUUUCUUUCUUUUGCCUCCUCCCUUUUCUAAGUUCUUUCAUUGUCUUUCUUUUCCCUUUCUAAUUCUUUCAUUGUCUUUCUUUUGCCUCCUCCCUUUUCUAAGUUCUUUUUCAUUGUCUUUUUUUUUUGCCUCCUCCUUUUCUAAGUUUUUCAUUGUCUUUCUUUUGCCUCCUCUUUUUCUAAUUCUUUCAUUGUCUUUCUUUUUGCCUCCUCCCUUUUUCUUUAUUGUUUUUCUUUCUAAUUCUUUCAUUUCUUUCUUUUGCCUCCUCCCUUUUCUAAUUCUUUCAUUGACUUUCUUUUGCCUCCUUUCUAAGUUCUUUUCAUUUCUUUCUUUUGUCUUUCUUUUGUCUUUCUUUUGCCUCCUCCCUUUUCUAAGUUCUUUCAUUGUCUUUCUUUUGCCUCCUCCCUUUUCUAAGUUCUUUCAUUGUUUUUCUUUUUUGCCUCCUCCCUUUCUUUCUUUCAUUUUCUUUCAUUGUUUUUUCUUUUUGCCUCCUCCCUUUUCUAAGUUCUUUUCAUUGUCUUUCUUUUGCCUCCUCCCCUUUCUAAGUUCUUUCUUUCAUUUCUUUUUUUUCUUUCAUUGUUUCCUUUUGCUAAGUUCUUUCUUUUUUUUCAUUUCUUUUCUUUUUUGCCUCCUCCCUUUUCUAAGUUCAUUUUCAUUGUCUUUCUUUUUCCUUUCCUCCCUUUCUUUUCUUUCAUUGUCUUUCUUUUUGUCCUUUUUUCUUUUUGUCUUUCUUUUGCCUCCUCUUUCUAAGUUCUUUCAUUUUCUUUCAUUGUUUUUCUUUUGCCUCCUCCCCUUUCAAAGUUCUUUCAUUGUCUUUCUUUUGCCUCCUCCCUUUUCUAAGUUCUUUCAUUUUCUUUUUCAUUGUUUUUCUUUUGCCUCCUCCCUUUCUAAGUUCUUUCAUUGUUUUUCUUUUUGCCUCCUCCCUUUUCUAAGUUCUUUCAUUGUCUUUCUUUUGCCUCCUCCCUUUCUAAGUUCUUUCAUUGUCUUUCUUUUGCCUCCUCCCUUUUCUAAGUUCUUUCAUUGUUUUCUUUUUGCCUCCUCCUCCCUUUCUAAGUUCUUUCAUUGUCUUUUCUUUUGCCUCCUCCCUUUUCUAAGUUCUUUCUUUUUUCAUUGUUUUUCUUUUUUUCCUCCUCCCCUUUCUAAUUCUUUCAUUGUUUUUCUUUUGCCUCCUCCCCUUUCUAAGUUCUUUCAUUGUUUUCUUUCCUCCCCCUUUCUAAGUUCUUUCAUUUUUCUUUUGCCUCCUCCCUUUUCUAAGUUCUUUCAUUUUCUUUCAUUGUCUUUCUUUUGCCUCCUCCCCUUUCUAAGUUCUUUCAUUGUUUUUCUUUUGCCUCCUCCCUUUUCUAAGUUCUUUUUCAUUGUCUUUCUUUUUCCUCCCUUUUCUAAGUUCUUUCAUUGUCUUUCUUUUUUCCUUAAGUUCUUUCAUUUUCUUUCAUUGUCUUUCUUUUGCCUCCUCCCCUUUCUAAGUUCUUUCUUUCAUUGUCUUUCUUUUGUUCUUUCCUCCUCCUUUUCUAAGUUCUUUCAUUGUCUUUCUUUUGCCUCCUCCCUUUCUAAGUUCUUUCAUUUUCUUUCAUUGUCUUUCUUUUGCCUCCUCCCUUUUCUAAGUUCUUUCAUUGUCUUUCUUUUGCCUCCUCCUCUUUCUAAGUUCUUUCAUUCUUUCUUUUGCCUCCUCCCCUUUCUAAGUUCUUUCAUUGUCUUUCUUUUGCCUCCUCCCCUUUCUAAGUUCUUUCAUUGUUUUUCUUUUGCCUCCUCCCCUUUCUAUUUUCUUUCAUUGUCUUUCUUUUGCCUCCUCCCCUUUCUAAGUUCUUUCUUUUGCUUUCUUUUUUCUAUCAUAACGUCUUAUAUUUAA